AUGAUCACUCAAAUUUCGAUGCUUGCCUUGCUGCUCGCAUCCGUCCUUGUCAGCCAAGCAUACGAUAUUGGUUGUUUGCGCGAAUGCCGGGUCAAGAUGGACGUGUUUGGGCAGCAUGACGAGCUUUUCACCAACACCAGUGUGUACAUCAAGCCAUCGAAUCCCGGCGCGAUGCUCGACAUCACCAAGUUUAAGCCUUGCACGGCUACAGCAGGCAUGGUCUGCGUCACUGCUGACUCCCAGUGCGUCGUGGGAAGUCUUGCUGCCCAGAAGCUGACCAUUGAUGGCAGAGGCUUCAAAGCUGGCGUAGUUUAUCACUUUGAUAAUGUCCACGAGCUUACCAACCCUACGCUCAUGACGGACAGUCAGGGAGGUGAUAUGCUUUGUGAGCUUGCAAUCGGUUGCCCCUAG